CGCUACACGGUUAAGAACAGCUACCCCAUGCCUCGUUCCGACGAGCUGUUCGACCGUCUAGCAGGCAACCGCUUCUUUACGAAGAUUGAUCUUCGUAGCGGUUACCAUCAGAUCCGCGUCGCUGCAGCCGACCAGCCGAAAACAACGUUGCGAUGGCGCUUCGGCCACUACGAGUUUACCGUGAUGCCAUUCGGCCUCACCAAUGCACCCGCCACCUUCCAGAGGGCGAUGAACGACAUCUUCAGGGACAUCCUGGAGCAGUACAUUCUCGUUUACCUCGACGAUAUCCUGGUCUACAGUCGUACCCUUGAGGAGCACCUCAGACACCUCCGCGACGUCCUUGACCGCUUGCGCAGACAUGGCUUCUACGCCAAGCUGAGCAAGUGCCGCUUUGUCCAACACAAAGUGGAUUUCUUAGGACACUACGUGUCUGACCAGCGUCUCCACAUGGACGACGCGAAGAUCACUGCUAUUGCGGAGUGGCCCGCUCCCACAUCCGUCAAGCAGCUUCGCAACUUCCUAGGCCUGACCAGCUACUAUAGUAAUUUCAUCCGGGGAUACGCUAGGUAUUCCUACGUCCUUACCUCYACCCUCCUCCGGAAGAACCCACCCUGGGCUUGGACACCCCUCCACRAKRACGCCUUYCGCGCCCUCAAGAAGGCGGUGACAURCGCACCGGUUYUUCACCUACCCGAUUUUGAUCGCUCUUUUAUCCUUACCACCGAUGCGUCAGACUUUGCUGUAGGAGCAGUGCUUUCUCAGGUCUUCCCCUCCUCUCCUGAUUCCUCUCAUCCUUGUAUCCCUCGCUUCCCACCACCUACCCCUACCACUGCUUCCCGACUGACGCCUACUCGUCCAGCUACUGACGAGCCUUCUAUUGACUAUUCUCCUACCAUCGCCGAGGACGACACUGUCGAGUCUCGCUCAGGUGAUUGUCCGAUAGCCUUCUACUCCCGUCAGCUCCUGCCCGCCGAGAUAAACUACACCGCUGAUGAACGUGAGGUUCUCGCWGUAGUUUAUGUCACUCGGCACUGGCGUCACUACCUGCACGGGGCACCGUUCACAGUGCGUACGGACAACUCUGUUGUCCAGGCUUUUCUGACAAAACCGAAGCUCACUCCUCGACAGGCUCGCUGGUGGCGCGACCUAUCCGAGUUUAGUUUCACCACUGAGCACAUCAAGGGUGAGACUAAUCGGGUCGCAGAUGCCUUAUCCCGGCGACCUGACCACGACCUGGAGCAGAUCCAGCUCUCUUCCAUCUCGGUCACCACCGUCCACCACUCGGUGAUCGACGAGUUUCGCACUCAGUACCGCCACUGCCCCGACUAUCGCGACAUCCACACGACCCUUCGGAGUGGCAAGACUGUCCCGAACUACUCUCUCGGGGACAACGGUCUUGUGCCAAAGCGCAAGGACUUUGUGAAGGACUACGUCGUAGAUUGUCCCACCUGUCAGGAGGUGAAUAGUGCGAACCACCUACCUUAUGGUUUGCUCCAGCCUCUUCCUAUCCCUGAGUGUCGUUGGCAGUCCAUCUCGAUGGACUUUAUCGGUCCUCUUCGUCCUCUGACCCCCCGCGGUCAUGAUGCUAUCUUGGUCGUCGUCGACCGCUUCACGAAGCGUGCACGCUUUGUUCCGUGCCGCUAUGCCAUCAGUGCACGUGAGGUCGCCGACAUCGUGUUUGAUCGACUCGUGCGUGACCACGGCUUACCUUUGAGCAUCAUAUCUGACCGUGACCCGCGCUUUACCAGCCGAUUCUGGCGACGACUCCACGAGGUAUAUGGCACUCAGUUCCGCUUCUCCUCGUCUUACCAUCCUCAGAUUGAUGGUCAGACCGAGAUCACGAACAGGACUCUCGGAGAUAUUCUCCGAAAGAUUGUUCGUGACGACCAGCAUUGGGAUCUCGAUCUUGCCCACGCGGAGAUAGCCUACAACCACGCCGUCUUGCCAGCCACGGGGAUGUUGCCUUACUAUUGCGACCUCGGCUACCACCCUCGUGUUCCUGCGGACUUCCUCCGACCGUUACAGUUGCACCCCGACAUGAGUUGUCCCGCUCUGGAUGAUUGGGUUGCACACAUGACGUCGAUCAAGACCGCACAUGAGCACAUAGCCGCUUCCCAGACUCGCAUGGCAGCACGUGCGAACCGAUCGAGGAUGGAUCAUCCAUUCAAAGUCGGUGAUGAUGUGCUUAUCGAAGCCCGCCACUUACAGCUCGAAGCGGACACGCUUCGCAAGUUUCGGCGUCGCUUCCUUGGCCCAUGCCGCAUCCUCCAGGUCGUCGGUUCUGAUACGGCUUCUAGCCCGGUCAGCUUCCGUGUGAAGCUGCCCGACUACCUACGCCAGACUCGUGUGCACGAUGUCUACCAUGUCUCGUUACUGCGUCCUUAUCGCAGACCGUCUGAGCGUUUCGCUGGACGACCAUACGAGCGCCCUCCACCCCUCAUGGUGGACGACCACGAGGAGUUCCUCGUUUCAGACAUCAUUGGUCGUCGAGUCACCGACGACAACCUUCCCCACAUCAAGUAUCUCGUACGUUGGAAGGGUUACCCUGAUGAGGAGGCUACCUGGGAGCCCCUCGAGCACUUGCAGCACGCUCGCAUGUUGGUGCGUGCCUAUGACCGUGCUCGUCGUGCUGGGUUCACUGCUCCUCCUUGUCCACUGACCCUCCUCCUUCUCCCCCGGCUGAGGAGACCGCUGAAGUCGAGCCUGCUCCAUCUUAGUAUUCCAUACACUCCAGUUUUGCUACUUCAGCUCGUCGACGUUGCGGCUCUUCCUCGACGGCAUUCCAGACUUCUCAUCGUGGACGUCAUACGCAGCUUCAUGGACUUCGUCAUGAUCAACUCUGCCUACUUCAGACGUCAUCACUAUCUUACCACUUUACCCUGUACAGUACCCUGCUUGUGUCGCAUGAUGGUCUCUCUUUAGCCGGGUUCCUCUGAGUUGGCCUCUCCCUUGGUAUACACAUAGGCAUCGAGACCGUAGCGUUGCCCUGGUU